AUGGACGUUAAGGUGGCAAUCGCUAUGUUGGCAGCCGUGGUGUUGUCAGCGAAGGGAGAAGAACCGGGUUAUAGAUAUACCCUUCCUCAGGCGUCCGGCGAGGAAAGCGAACCGGCCAGGUACGACUUCGUUUGGCAUUCGAAAGACUACAGCGGCAACGACUUCGGUCACCACGAUUCCCGCGACGGAGACAACACAGAAGGGUCGUACUUUGUGCUUCUUCCCGACGGUCGCCUACAGACAGUGACCUAUUUUGUGGAUGGCGACUCCGGUUUCGUGGCCGAGGUCAAGUAUGAAGGCGUGGCUCAUUACGCCGAAGUCGUAACCACGCGAGAUCAAUCGGACGAGUCGGAGGUGUCCGAAACGCCUCGUUCCUCUGGAUAUUCUCAGCGCGACUCUGGCUUCUCCGUCGCUACUCCUCAACACGCACAGGGAUCGACUGAGUCCAGGAAAGGCUACUCCUACACGGCACCAAAAACGCCCUUUGUGCACUCCUUAGGUCCCUUUCCUUCUGUCGGGACAAAGUAUUCGCGAGUCGGUGCUGACGACUCCAGCGAAUCAAGGGAAACGGCAAAUAUGUCAUCCAUGAAGCCAACCUAUUCCCGAUUCGGGACUGAAAGCGCUGAUGAAUCUACGGAAUUAUCACGUUUUUCUGCCACAGGUCAGAUUUCUUCUCGGGAAGGCACCGACGCUUCUGUCGCGUCGAUGGAGGCAUCAUAUUAUUCAGGCCCGAGAUAUUAUGAGGAUUUCGACUCAUCUCCCGAAAAGACAGGACGUAGCUCUAUCGCCGACGAAUCUCAGGCAAUGUCUCAUUUCUUCGCAAAAUCGAGCUAUCCCAACCGAGGCUUCGAUGAUUCACUUGAGGUUUCGACUCCGAUAAUGAAACACCCACAUCCUGGUAAUUCCCACAAGUUGGGCGAGUCACAUAAACGAAUCUACAUCCCUCCUAGGAAGACAUCCUACACUUACCACACCCCACGAUCCUUCCAUCCUCCCACAAACUCCCAGAAACGCCCCCACUUCCCCUUCCAAACCAUGAGAUUCGAAGCUUCGAAACCCCGUCAUUCGGAACCAGAGUCCAGAGACGCUUCGCCAAGAACGCGCUACUCAUCAGUGUCUCUAGAAGACUCGCGGGAAGAGGGAGAAAGUAAUUACGCGGCGAGGACUCACUUUGCUCUCUCGAUGGAGGACUCGGAUGAAUCGUUAGAUGAGUCCCAUGAGUCAGAAUACGGUUAUGAGUAUGAGUCUCCGAGUGUCCCCUUUUCCCUACCUCUUUCUUAG